CUUCAGUCUCCUUCUGAUUAAUGAACUCAACCGAUGAGAAAGAGAGAGAGUGUGAGAGAAAUAUAUAUACACGUAUCGAAAUUACAUUACGUGUGUUCCAAGCGAAAAGCCAGAGUAGUAAUCCCCACACUUCCUCCUCUGCUAGUACCCUUCUUCUCUUCUCUCUCUCUCUAUUUUUAUUUUAUUUUUUUUUUCAUUUUCAAGGGAUUUAGAUUUUGUAUGAUUUUCGUUUCUCUUGUUUCCUUGACAAUUUGUUUUCUUGAGUGGUCGAGACGAGUGGGUGGUUGUUUGUGAGAGUUGUUUGUGUUCCUUUUCCUCCUUGCUGAUUGUUUGGUGGAAGAGAAAAAUUGGCGAAAUGCGGAAAUCAUUCAAGGAUUCUCUGAAGGCUCUUGAAGCUGAUAUCCAAUUUGCCAAUACUCUGGCUUCCUAUUAUCCUAGGGAAUAUGAUGGUGCAUGCCUCCAGAUGAGGUUGUCUUACAGUCCUGCCGCUCAGUUUUUUCUCUUUCUUGUUCAGUGGACAGAUUGUCACCUUGCUGGUGCCUUGGGGCUGCUUAGAAUUCUCAUCUACAAGGCUUAUGAGGAUGGAAAGACGACCAUGUCUAUUCAUGAAAGAAAAGCUAGUUUAAGAGAGUUCUAUGGUGUUAUAUUUCCCUCUUUAUUGCAACUUCAAAGAGGAAUCAAUGAUGUAGAAGAAAGGAAACAGAAAGAGAUUUGCGCCAAGUACCAAAAGAAAGAUGAAAUGGACAAGGGAAAGCUCUAUGAAAUUGAUCUGGAGAGAGAAGAAGAAUGUGGAAUUUGCAUGGAGAUGAACACCAAAGUUGUUUUGCCAAAAUGCAAUCAUUCAAUGUGUAUGAAGUGCUAUCGAAAUUGGCGGGCACGGUCACAGUCCUGUCCUUUCUGCCGGGACAGUCUUAAGAGAGUUAACUCAGGCGACCUCUGGAUCUAUACCAGCAAAAAUGAGAUUGCGGACGUGUCAUCAAUCACUAGGGAAAAUUUGAAGAGAUUGUUUAUGUACAUCGACAAGUUAACUCUCAUUGCUCCAGACCCAAUGUGCGCCUCCUACUAUCCUCAAUAUUGGUAAGGACUACUGUGCAGGACUGAAAAUUUUUGUACAUAACUAGUUGAUUGUAUAGAUUAUUGCUUUUCCUUUCUCAGGAAUACAUUUUAGGAUCUGUAAAUAAAUAUUCUUGAUUGCAUGAAUUAUUUAUUCAUAUAGAUUUCAUUUAUCUUC